GGUGAGUGUGUACGGAAAGAAGCGGAAGCGCAGCGGAGCCACCGGGACCGGACCGGGCUCAUCGGGAUCGGAAUUGUCGGGAUUGUCGGGAUUACCGGAAUCGUUAUCGGGAUCGAAGAGGGGGCCCAGAGCCCUCCAGGCUCAGCCGGGGAUGUUCCACGGCAUCGCGGGCCCGGCCGGGAUGGGCGCGCCCGGGAAUAAACCGGAGCUUUAUGAGGAGGUGAAGCUCUACAAGAACGCCCGGGAACGGGAGAAGUACGACAACAUGGCCGAGCUGUUUGCGGUGGUGAAGACGCUGCAGGCUCUGGAGAAGGCGUACAUCAAGGACUGCGUCACCCCCAACGAGUACACGGCGGCGUGCUCGCGGCUGCUGGUGCAGUUCAAGGCGGCGCUCAAGCAGGUGCAGGGCGGGGAGAUCGGCAACAUCGACGACUUCUGCCGCAAAUUCCGGGUGGGAAUUCCGGAAUUUUGGGAAUGUUGGGAAUUUUGGGAAUUUGGGGUGGGAUUUUGGGGGGUUUGGGGUGAAAUUUGGCCCAAAAUUCCCCCAAAAUUCCUAAAUGAUUUGGGGGAUUCUCAGAUCCACCCGGAGCUGCGGGAGCUGCUGGAGACGAUGAGCAGGAUGAGCUCGCUGCCCCCCGACUUCGAGGGACGCCAGAAGGUGCAGCAGUGGCUGCAGACGCUGAGCGCGAUGUCGGCCUCGGACGAGCUGGACGAUUCCCAGGUGCGGCAGAUGCUCUUCGACCUCGAGUCCGCCUACAACGCCUUCAACCGCUUCCUGCACGCCUGAGAGCCCCCAAAACCAGUCCAGACCAGUCCAGACCAGUCCAGACCAGUCCGGACCAGUUCAGACCAGUCCAAACUGGAGUUUGGGAUAAUAAAUGGGAGGGGAAACAUCCCAAAAUCCCCAAAAUCUGAGAUCGAUUCUGUUCCUGUCUCGUCGUUUCUUGGAGUCAUUCCCAGUUCAGACCAGUUCAAACCAGUCCAAACCAGUUCAGACCCGUUCAGACCAGUCCAAACUGGAGUUUGGGAUAAGAAAUGGGAGGGGAAAAAUCCCAAAAAUCUGGGAGAAAUUCCUUUAUUUUCUCAUCGUUUCUUGGAGUCUUUCCCAGUUCAAACCAGUUUAGAACAGUUCAGACCAGUUCAGACCAGUCCAAACUGGAGCUCCCAGAAGUUUGGGGUAAGAAAUGGGAGGAGAAAAAUCCCAAAAAUCUCCAAAAUCUAGGAAAAAUUCCUUUAUUUUCUUGCUUUUAUUGGGUCAAACUGGGAGCCAUUCCCAGUUCAAACCAGUUCAGACCAGUUCAAACCAGUCCAGACCAGUUCAAACCAGUCCAAACUGGAGUUUGGGGUAAUAAAUGGGAGGGGAAAAAUCCCAAAAUCCCCAAAAUCUGAGAUCGAUUCUGUUCCUGUCUCGUCGUUUGUUGGAGCCAUUCCCAGUUCAAACCAGUUCAGACCAGUUCAGACCAGUUCAGACCAGUUCAAACCAGUUCAGACCAGUUCAGACCAGUCCCAAACUGGAGUUUGGGAUAAUAAAUGGGAGGGGAAAAAUCCCAAAAUCCCCAAAAUCUGAGAUCGGUUCUGUUCCUGUCUCGUCGUUUCUUAGAGCCAUUCCCAGUUCAAACCAGUUCAGACCAGUUCAGACCAGUUCAAACCAGUCCAAACCAGUCCAGACCAGUUCAAACCAGUCCAAACUGGAGUUUGGGAUAAUAAAUGGGAGGGGAAAAAUCCCAAAAAUCCGGGAGAAAUUCCUUUAUUUUCUCGUCGUUUCUUGGAGUCUUUCCCAGUUCAAACCAGUUUAGAACAGUUCAGACCAGUCCAGACCAGUUCAAACCAGUUCAGACCAGUCCAAACUGGAGCUCCCAGAAGUUUGGGGUAAGAAAUGGGAGGAGAAAAAUCCCAAAAAUCUCCAAAAUCUAGGAAAAAUUCCUUUAUUUUCUUGCUUUUAUUGGGUCAAACUGGGAGCCAUUCCCAGUCCAGACCAGUUCAGACCAGUCCAGACCAGUCCAGACCAGUCCAAACUGGAGUUUGGGAUAAUAAAUGGGAGGGGAAAAAUCCCAAAAUCCCAAAAAUCUGAGAUCGAUUCUGUUCCUGUCUCGUCGUUUCUUGGAGCCAUUCCCAGUUCAGACCAGUCCAGACCAGUUCAGACCAGUCCAGACCAGUCCAGACCAGUCCAAACUGGAGUUUGGGAUAAUAAAUGGGAGGGGAAAAAUCCCAAAAUCCCCAAAAUCUGAGAUGGAUUCUGUUCCUGUCUCGUCGUUUCUUGGAGCCAUUCCCAGUUCAAACCAGUCCAGACCAGUUCAGACCAGUCCAGACCAGUUCAGACCAGUCCAGACCAGUCCAGACCAGUCCAGACCAGUUCAGACCAGUCCAGACCAGUCCUGACUGGAGUUUGGGAUAAUAAAUGGGAGGGAAAAAUCCCAAAAUCCCCAAAAUCUGAGAUCGAUUCUGUUCCUGUCUCGUCGUUUCUUGGAGCCAUUCCCAGUUCAAACCAGUUCAAACCAGUCCAAACCAGUCCGGACCAGUCCAGACCAGUCCAAACUGGAGUUUGGGGUAAUAAAUGGGAGGGGAAAAAUCCCAAAAAUCCGGGAGAAAUUCCUUUAUUUUCUCAUCGUUUCUUGGAGUCUUUCCCAGUUCAAACCAGUUUAGAACAGUUCAGACCAGUUCAGACCAGUUCAAACCAGUUCAGACCAGUCCAAACUGGAGCUCCCAGAAGUUUGGGGUAAGAAAUGGGAGGAGAAAAAUCCCAAAAAUCUCCAAAAUCUAGGGAAAAUUCCUUUAUUUUCUUGCUUUUAUUGGGUCAAACUGGGAGUCAUUCCCAGUUCAGACCAGUCCAAACCAGUCCAAACCAGUCCAGACCAGUCCAGACCAGUUCAAACCAGUCCAAACUGGAGUUUGGGAUAAUAAAUGGGAGGGGAAAAAUCCCAAAAAUCCGGGAGAAAUUCCUUUAUUUUCUCGUCGUUUCUUGGAGUCUUUCCCAGUUCAAACCAGUUUAGAACAGUUCAGACCAGUUCAGACCAGUUCAGACCAGUUCAGACCAGUUCAAACCAGUUCAGACCAGUCCAAACUGGAGCUCCCAGAAGUUUGGGGUAAGAAAUGGGAGGAGAAAAAUCCCAAAAAUCUCCAAAAUCUAGGAAAAAUUCCUUUAUUUUCUUGCUUUUAUUGGGUCAAACUGGGAGCCAUUCCCAGUUCAGACCAGUCCAGACCAGUCCAGACCAGUCCAGACCAGUCCAAACCAGUCCAGACCAGUCCAAACUGGAGUUUGGGAUAAUAAAUGGGAGGGGAAAAAUCCCAAAAUCCCCAAAAUCUGAGAUGGAUUCUGUUCCUGUCUCGUCGUUUCUUGGAGCCAUUCCCAGUCCAGACCAGUUCAAACCAGUUCAGACCAGUCCAAACCAGUCCAGACCAGUCCAGACCAGUUCAGACCAGUUCAGACCAGUCCAAACUGGAGUUUGGGAUAAUAAAUGGGAGGGGAAAUAUCCCAAAAUCCCCAAAAUCUGA